AGAAGAAAACGGAUCAGGAAGUGGCGCUGUUCCGGCAUGAACUGAGGGCACCGGGGCACGGCCAGGGAGCAGUGGCAGGUUUGACUGUCAGUUUCGCUUUCUAGUGGUAGAAGCCGUUGCUGGGGGCUGAAAAGAAGAAGCGCCGCUCUUUUCUAUGAGGCUGUGCGGAUAGAGGAGCCUGCGGUGAUCGCCUGCUGGACCCUGGGCCCUAAAGUCCUCUGUUCGCUACAGGCAGAAGUAUCUCCAUAGAGUUCCUGGAUAGACCCUCCAUGGGCUGGAAGUGGUCAUGUCAGAAGGUCCCUGCCUGUCUCCAUGUGGAGGAUCUAGCCUGAGCUGCUCAUCAUCUCCAUUGGGGAUCGUUCUUCCUGUAGCAUGUGGCGUGGCCGAGGAUGUGAAUGUGGCAGUGUGUCCUGCAGCUGAUGCCCCUUUGAAACCUCCACAACUUGUUGCUUCUGCUCCCUGGUGGUAGAGUAUUGUAUCCUCCGCAGAAGAUAGAUUUCCAAAAUGGGCGAAAACAGCCCAGAACUGGCCCUUAUGUCUAUGGAGGAGGAUGACAUCUGCCCAGAUGACAAGAUGAGGAAGUGGUUCCUGGAUAAAGGAGGGCGAGAAGGGACCCCGGUGUACGAUACCACCACUGUCCUCAUAGAGCAGGACCGGCACCCCACAGAUGAGGACGAUGAAGAAGAGGAGGACGACGACGAUAGUAACGUUGGCACUAACUUACCAUUCCUUGAUGCUGCUAAUGAGGAAGGAUUAUUACUUAUGUCUGACCAGGACGCCAUGACACAAGGCUAUGUUCAGCACAUCAUUUCUCCAGAUCAGAUUCACUUUACUAUUAACCCUGGUUCUACCCCUAUGCCUAGGAAUAUUGAGGGGGCCACGCUGACUAUACACUCCGAGUGCCCAGAAACCAAGCAAAAGGAGGUGAAGCGCUAUCAGUGUACAUUUGAAGGCUGCCUUCGUACGUACAGCACACCCGGCAAUCUGCGCACCCACCAGAAAACCCAUCGAGGGGAAUACACUUUUGUAUGCAACCAGGAGGGCUGUGGGAAGGCAUUUCUUACCUCGUACAGCCUCAAGAUCCACGUUCGUGUACACACUAAAGAGAAGCCUUUUGAAUGUGAUGUACAAGGCUGUGAAAAGGCUUUUAAUACCCUCUACAGGUUAAGAGCACAUAAAAGACUCCACACAGGAGAAACUUUCAAUUGUGUGACAGAAGGCUGCAGCAAGUAUUUCACUACCCACAGCGACUUACGGAAGCACAUUCGCACGCACACGAGGGAGAAACCAUUCCGAUGUGACCAUGAUGGAUGUGGCAAAGCAUUUGCAGCCAGCCACCACCUAAAAACGCAUGCCAGGAAGCAUAUGGGAGAAAAACCAUUUGUUUGCACCAGUGAUGGAUGCGAGAAAACCUUCAGCACACAGUUCAGCUUGAAAAGUCACAUAAAAGAUCACGAUCUUACUGGUGUGGAUGAUCAGUUUGCCAGCAAUGCAGAGGACACAAACCAUUGGCUCUGCCUCAGUGAUUUGAGUACUUUAUCCACUGAUUCAGAACUGCGGGAAAAUGCAGAUGGAACUGCUGGACAAGCCCUGGGUUCAUUAUUAUCACCAAACCUAUUUCAGUCCAUGUUUCAGAGUCCGGAGAACACAGAAGACAACGAGUACACACAUCACACAGAAGUGUUCUUAAAAAGUUGGACUAAAGAAACGCAGCCGGUAGACCCUGCAGAGGGCAGCACGUCUGAUCCUCCAUCGCUAGUCAUCCCUGCCUGUAACCCAAACGCCGUCUCUGAGGCUUCCCUGCAGACUUCCCCUAGCACAACAACCGUGCCUUUACCGUCUGGCACCAUGGGAUGUGGAACUCAGUCAGCACCCGCUGUGUCCACCACAGCACCACCAUCUCUGGAAGUGCCUAUUCCUAGUGGAAGUCAUUUCACAGUCACUCAGGAUACCUUCAUAACGCCACAGACCUCACAGCCCUUAGUAGAGGGAUUGACUGUGGUUGCAGGACCUUCUCUGCCGCUAGGAGCCCCUUCAGACACUGUUUUACCAACGCUGGUACAGGCUGCGGUUUCCACUGCCAGUACAGUGCUGGGCAGCAACCCCUCAAUAACGCUAACACAGACUCCUAAUGCUGCCAUUUUGCAACCUAGUCUGGUGAUGGAUGAGCAAAAUAUUCAGUGGAUUUUGAAUGGAACUUCACAGAACCAUGAGCAAUCUCAGCAAGCUCCAAAGGUAGAGAAGGUAUACUUCACCACUACAGUCCCACUUACUAGCACUGGAGGUACCACUAUGCAGCAGAUUGGUUUGAGCCUUCCUGUUAUCAUCAUAAAACAAGAAGAGUCCUGUCAGUGUCAGUGUGCCUGCAGAGACUCUGUUAAAGAGACAUCUGCAAACCGCAAAAGAUGUCCCACCCCAGACUCGAACAAUGACCCAAAACCAGCAGCUGAGCCAUCCCCUCCUUAUUCUGUUCCCCUUCCACCAUCACCCUGUGAAGGAAGCAGUGGACACUUAAUGAACUCUACAGACUCUCAACCAUGGACACCUUCUUCUAUAGACCUCUCAGACUUCUUGUCCCUCCGAAGUCCAGAGAAGUCCUCCUCUCUGGUUCCUAUGGAAGCCUUACUGCAAGAUGACAUCAGCCUUAGCGGUUUUUCCAAGUAGACUGGAAAAUCAGCCAAUGGACUGGAAAUUGUUUCGGAUAUUUUUGUAGUCUUCUUACUUGCAAUACACAGUAUCCAUCUCUGGCUACAUAACUGACAUCUCUACAUUCAAACCAUUUUAUUAUGUGAUAGAUGAACAGAGUCUUUUUAUUGUAUGGAUAGAAAGGUAGCAGCUUUACCCUGUGGCACUGAGAAGGGUUGUUAGCCAGGAUACACAGUAACCCAUUGCUUUAUUGCACUUUAAGUCACUUUGUGGAAUUUCAGGGGGUGUAUAUAUUUAAUGUAACUCAUGACAUAGGUAAGUCACUGGAGUUUGUUUUAUGAGGUAUUAUUGUUACUAGACAUUUUACAAUGGGACAGCUAUAUAAAAGAUCAUGUUUUAA